CACCGUGACGCGGCCACUACUGCAGCCACUUGGAUUGCAGGCAUACCACCUUCGUGCUACUAGCUCAUACUAUCCGCAUCUUUCAGACCUCGCAUAGUCAUCAUGUCGUUCCCAACCGCAAGCCCAAGACUGCAAACAGAGUUCCUCCACUUCCUAGAACAAAGGCUCUCGAGCAUUGAGUCACAGUUGAAUGCAUCGGAGAAGGAACGAGAUGGGUUGCGAUCAACAUUGAUGCAAACCAAGAAAAGGCUUGAGGCUUCCAAUAAGGAAAUGGAGGAGUUGCGGCGAAGUGCGGCUGAUAUGCGUGAUCAUGAUAACGCACUCAAACAAGUGUCAGCAGCCUCUUUCGCUUCAGAACGGACACGCAGAGAGGAAACUGAACGUCUUCUCUCGGAGGCAAGAGCGAAGUUGGAAACCGUGAGCGGCGAACUAGCGCAAAGCAACGCCGAUCUUCAACGGCGUCUCGUCGACAGCGCGCAUUUGCAGGAUAAGCUCGCGAAAGCAGAGAACGCCCGCGUUGUGGCUCUCGCUGCUCGCGACGCGGCCACUGUUACCGAGAAGCGGCUGAGACAGCAACUGACGAAGACCACUGCAUCGUUGAAUUACGCGAACAAAAAAAACAACCUAAGCGUCAAGGCCAAAACCUCUGACGAGCACCGUGACGAUGUUGGUACACACAAGUUCAAGCAAUUCAAAGCGAAGCUUUCUGAACUGCCCGAGCCUGCGGAAAGAAUCGACUACCCGAGUUUGGUACCAAUGCAAGCAACCCGAAAAAUCCUCGAAAAUUGGCUUGCGGAGUUACGUCGCGAAGGUGUCCUGAAGCAGGAACUCGACUUGAUCGGAGGCGAAGACCUAAUGUGGUUUCCGAAUUCGCAUCAUGCAAUGCAGGUUGUUCAGAUGCAUGAAUAUGACCCCAUCGACUGUAUUUGCAACUGGUCGGAACGCUGUCCCGAAAAAGGAAGUUCGGAACGCCCGUAUGAAGUCUUCCGAGCAGAAGAGAAUCAAAUCUCUUACGUCGGAACUUAUCGGGUGGUGGAGGAUCUACGGGAGAUCAGACUGGGAGAUAUCAUGUGGAAGAUGUUCCCGGGAAAGACGGAGAGUGCCGUGGCGGCAACGCUGGCACAGCAGACCGCCUGUGACGCUCCCCAGACGAAUGCGGUGGCGGAAACCCUACCCGAGCUGUACAGCAAAGGCAUCAUGCAAGUUGAAGUCAUCGGUUAUCAGUGCGUUGGAUUCAAUCGUCGCCUCGACGAGGAAUUACAUAAGAAAGCUCCACCGCCCGCCGAAACAUCACCUGAAUGUAAAUCCGAUAUGUCGAAUCAGACCAUGUCGGACGAUCUUAGCCCAGACAGCCGGCGGAGACGGGAAAUACGGGCGAGGUGGGCGAUGCACGCUGCGGACUCCGAAGAAAUUUCCUCGGACGACGAACUUGGAGUUGGAGGGCCACUACCACGAAAGCGAGUGAAGAUCUCCAUUGAUACGGACAGUGACUAGGAUAGUCGGCGCAUGGUCACCGCUGUUUCAUGGUCGGCGCGCACGGCCUCGCAUUCAGAGUUGUAAUGGCGCUGUAUACUGUAUGAUCGUAUCGAGCGGUCGGAUAGUAUGUUGUUGCAUCGAGACGGUGACCUGCAAGCCAGCACUCCGUCCACGACUCCGGACGCGACAGCGAUGUCCGUUGCAGCGAUUCGAAGGAAACUCUCAAUGUGUCUGUUGACAAACUUCAAUGUGUUUUCACUGGGCUCGCCUCGUCUGCUUUUCUCCAGCACCGAUCUGACGUUUCGUACCACCGUAGACUUCUUACAGCUUUUCU